CAUGCCCGGAGGGGCGGAGCGUCCGGCGCCUGACGCAUGCGCGGCGUGAGGCGGGGGGGAGGCGCAGGGCCGCGGUGGCGGCGCUCGGCGAGGGUAACAAUGGCAGCGGCAGUGGCGGCGGGCGGCGGGGCCGGAGCCGGGGCUGCGGCGGCGGCCGUGGCCGUGAGCGGCGGCCCCGCUUUGGCUGCGUUGUCGGUAGCGAGGCGGAAGGACGGCGGCCCGACGGGGAAGUUUUGGGAGAGCCCAGAGACGGUGUCCCAGCUCGACUCGGUCCGCGUCUGGCUGGGGAAGCACUACAAGAAGUAUGUCCAAGCAGAUGCUCCUACCAACAAAACACUGGCUGGGCUGGUGGUGCAGCUGCUGCAAUUCCAGGAAGAUGCCUUUGGAAAACACGUCACCAAUCCUGCCUUCACUAAGCUUCCUGCAAAGUGCUUCAUGGAUUUCAAAGCUGGAGGUACAUUGUGUCACAUUCUUGGUGCUGCUUACAAAUACAAGAAUGAACAGGGCUGGAGGAGGUUUGACCUGCAGAAUCCAUCCCGAAUGGAUCGAAACGUGGAGAUGUUCAUGAACAUUGAGAAAACACUAGUGCAGAACAACUGUCUGAGCAGACCUACCAUCUACCUCAUUCCAGAUAUAGAACUGAAGCUGGCUAACAAAUUGAAGGACAUUGUCAAACGACACCAGGGAACAGUUACUGAAGAGAAGUCAAAGGCCACCCACCAUGUUUAUCCAAGUCCUACCUCAAUGGAUGAUGAUGAAUGGUUGAGACCUGUGAUGAAGAAAGACAAGCAGGUGCUGGUACACUGGGGCUUUUUUCCAGACAGCUAUGACACUUGGGUUCAUGCCAAUGAAAUAGAUGCUGAAAUUGAGGAUCCUCCCAUUCCUGAAAAGCCAUGGAAGGUUCAUGCCAAGUGGAUUUUGGACACAGAUGUAUUCAAUGAGUGGAUGAAUGAAGAGGAUUAUGAGGUAGAUGAGAACAGGAAAUCAGUGAGCUUUCGACAGAGGAUCUCCAUGAAAAAUGAAGAGCAGCCUGUACGGAGCCCAGAGAGGAGAGACAGGAAAGCUGCAGCAAGCACAAGGAAGAGGAAGCAUUCUCCUUCUCCACCCCCAACUCCUGUGGAGUCAAGAAAAAAGAGUGGGAAGAAAGGGCAAGCAGCUUUAUAUGGGAAAAGGAGAGGCCAAAAAGAAGAAGAUGAGCAAGAAGAUCUCACAAAGGACAUGGAGGAUCCCACCCCAGUACCUAAUAUAGAAGAAGUGGUACUUCCCAAAAAUGUGAACCCAAAGAAGGACAGUGAGAAUACACCUGUCAAGGGAGGAACAGUGGCAGACCUUGAUGAACAGGAUGAGGAGACAGUGGCGACUGGAGGGAAGGAAGAUGAAGAUCCUAACAAAGGUGAUCAAAGUCGGUCGAUCGAUCCAGGCGAAGAUAACGUCACAGAACAAACCAACCACAUCAUCAUUCCCAGCUAUGCAUCCUGGUUUGACUACAACUGCAUUCACGUGAUCGAGCGUCGUGCUCUGCCUGAAUUCUUCAAUGGGAAAAACAAGUCCAAGACUCCAGAAAUAUACCUGGCGUACCGCAACUUCAUGAUUGACACCUACCGCCUGAACCCUCAGGAGUACCUGACCAGCACUGCCUGCAGGAGGAAUCUGACUGGAGAUGUCUGUGCUGUCAUGAGGGUUCAUGCUUUUCUGGAGCAGUGGGGGCUCAUUAACUACCAGGUGGAUCCAGAAAGUCGUCCCAUGGCCAUGGGUCCUCCCCCAACUCCUCACUUCAACGUGCUGGCUGACACCCCCUCAGGACUCAUGCCUCUCCAUAUCCGCACUCCUCAGGUUCCAGCUGCUCAGCAGAUGUUGAGUUUUCCUGAGAAGAACAAAGAGAAGCCAACAGAUCUGCAGAACUUUGGACUUCGCACAGACAUUUACUCCAAGAAGACUUUAGCAAAGAGUAAAGGUGCAAGUGCUGGAAGAGAAUGGACAGAACAAGAGACACUGCUGCUGUUAGAAGCUCUGGAGAUGUACAAAGAUGACUGGAACAAAGUUUCGGAGCACGUGGGGAGCCGUACCCAGGAUGAGUGCAUCCUCCACUUCCUGAGGCUGCCCAUCGAAGACCCUUACCUGGAGAACUCAGACGCCUCCCUGGGCCCCCUGGCCUACCAGCCUGUACCCUUCAGCCAGUCUGGCAACCCUGUCAUGAGCACUGUGGCUUUCCUGGCAUCGGUGGUGGACCCCAGGGUGGCAUCAGCUGCUGCUAAAGCAGCCCUAGAGGAGUUCUCUCGAGUCAGAGAGGAAGUACCACUGGAGCUUGUUGAGGCUCACGUCAAGAAAGUCCAAGAAGCAGCAAGAGCCUCUGGAAAGGUGGAUCCAACCUAUGGACUGGAGAGCAGCUGCAUUGCUGGAACUGGUCCAGAUGAGCCAGAGAAAAUGGAUGGAGCUGAAGAAGAAAAGAUGGAAACUGAGACAGAUGGGCAGCAGCCUGAGAAGGUUGAAAACAAAGUGGAGAGUGAAAUUGAGGAAGGAGAUAAAGCACAAGAAGGAGAAAAUGAGAAAAAUUCAGAGAAGGAACCAGACAGCGAAGCUCCUGCAGACCCCAAGCCAGAAGAAAAGGAGGCAGAAGAGAACAAGGAGAACGUUGAUACCAGCAAAGACAAAGAGAACGAGGCUGGGAAGAAGAAAGUGGAACAUGAAAUCUCGGAAGGAAACGUAGCUACAGCUGCAGCUGCUGCCCUUGCCUCAGCUGCCACCAAAGCAAAGCACCUAGCAGCAGUGGAAGAAAGGAAGAUCAAGUCCCUGGUUGCCCUUUUGGUGGAAACACAGAUGAAGAAGCUGGAGAUAAAACUUCGCCAUUUUGAGGAGCUGGAAACCAUUAUGGACAGAGAGAAGGAGGCGCUGGAGCAGCAGAGGCAGCAGCUGCUGACGGAGCGUCAGAACUUCCACAUGGAGCAGCUGAAGUACGCCGAGUUAAGGGCUCGCCAGCAAAUGGAGCAGCAGCACAGCCAGAACCCACAGCAGUCCCACCAGCACUCCAGUGGGCCUGGGAUGAACCCCCUCGGGGCACCAGCACACCCAGGCUUACUGCCUCACCAGCAGCCCCCGCCCUACCCGAUGAUGCACCACCAGAUGCCACCACCUCACCCACCGCAGCCAGGUCAGAUGCCAGGCCCUGGUUCGAUGAUACCUGGACAGCCCAUGCCAGGCAGGAUGAUGCCAGGUGUGUCAGCCACCAUCCAUCCUGCUGGCGGUGGUCCCCCUCCGCCUGGCAUGUCACCGAUGUCAGGGAAUCUGAUUGGACCUCGUGUUCCUCUGGCAGCUCCAAAUGGCAUGUAUCCCCCUCCUGCACAGCCGCCUCCACCAGCAGAAGGGGUGACCCCACCUCCAGCUGGAGCUCCACCAGCUUCAGCCGCUCCUUAAGCAGUCAAGGAAGAAGAAGGAACUUCUACAGCAACAUAGUGGUGACCAAAAAUGAAUUCCUCAGUUCUCUUCUGUUCCCCUGGGAGGUGGUCUUCACCUCCCCUUGUCCUGCCCCAGCUGUGGAUGUGCAUCUACACAGAGCACACCUACAGUGUCCUCUCCCCACCGCUCCUAACCUUGGCAGCACUUGGCAUUCCCUUGGGAAAGCUUGAGAUCCAACAUGCCAGUAGUGCCUCCAUGUUGCUGGUGGCAAGUCCUCUAUGCUUUGGUCUGCUUGCCUUUCAGACUCUGGUUUCUUCCAUCUUGGUGUUUUGAGCUUUGGGGUCUGCUGGGGAGGAUUAAAACCCCAAAGUUUUGACGGUGGAGGCAUCAUCUGAGCUUUAGGGUGCAGCACGUGGUUGCCCCCCCCCCACCCCUGAUUUUACAUCUUGGGUUCUCUGGAAAGGGCAAAGCAUCAAGAUGAGAUUCCAAACCAGUGUUUGAGCAGAGAAGGAAAACCAGGGCCUGCUGCAGCCCAGAAGAUCACCACAGAUGACUAAGGACAAGCAGCCAGCCUGAGGCUGCCUCCCUAACUUAUUAAGGAGAAAAAAAAACAACCCACCAAACAAAUCCUGAUCCAGUGGGAAUCAAGCCAGGAGUGAAGCAAUUGGAAUGAAACCACUCAAUGGUAGGAGUUUUCUUGCUCCAGGUUUUUUUCUUACCUUUCUUCUGCCUUGGAAGGUGGUAGUUGGACCUUCUCCCUCUGAGUAGUUUUUGGUGCAGUAGCCAACUGAGGAAUAAACCCAUGGUUUGUAGUCCCUCUUUUUGGAGCAUAUCCUUUUUACUUUGGAAAAAUGAGACAAAACACACAAAGAGAGUAGCAGAUAGUGAGGAAGGGCUAGGGGAUGGGGUUGGGUUGGGAGGGCUGGGAUGUGACACCACAACUACCUCCUGUGGACAGCUGAGCUGAGCAGAGCCUGCGACCGUGGGACGACUCUUGCCCGCCCCUGUACACCCACUGAGCUCCAGCAGCCUUUGGGAGGGUGGAAGGUGAGGGAGCAGCUUCAGCAGGGGAGGUCUGGGAGUCUGAGUGAGCCCCAGCAGUGUGAGUCUGCUGCUGGAGACUUCCAGGUGGUCAGAACUGCUGGUUGGCUCCUCUUUAGUGGCCACAAAAAGUCGUUUGCUGCCUGUGCUUUGGGCUCUCUGCCUCUUCCCGAUGGAAAGAUGGGUUUGGUGGAUGUCCUUGCCAAAGGGCUGCAGAGAGCAGUCUUACUCAAAGCCUUACUCACAGGGUGGCUUUCAGCAACCAAGUGCAAGGUGCUGGGCUGAGGCUUGACCAGGAAAGACCUCUCCCAACCAAUCUGAAGCCCACAGAACCGCUUUAACACCACUGGAAGAGAAAAGGAAGAAGAAAAGGAUUUGCUUUGAAGAGCACUCAGGUGAUUCUCUCCUCGAUGUGACCAGCUGGAACUUCCCCAGCUCCUGAGGCUGCCUGAGCCUGGAGCCGCCCACAAGGCUGUGUCAGCUCAGCCCCGUUCCUGGCAGCGCGCAGGGAGGCUGCUUCCCACCACCGAGCUCUCCAACCCACAGUGCCUGGCAGAGCACGGUCAGGACCUGCCUGCCUUCCACCUCCCGCUUCAGAAACUUCAUCCACCCCCCACCAAGGUGACUUUCUUUUUGCCUCUAGGGGUUUUGGGGUGAGCAUGGGAUGUUCUGCUUUGGUUUAGAAUAACCUCAGGUUGUUUUUAGCUUGAUACCGACUUCUCCAGGCUCCGAGUGGAGACUUGAUGGUGAUGAUAAUGGUUUGUUGUUUUUUUUACUGUCCUAGCCAUGGUCCUGCUGGGUCCCCCUCCCCCUCAAUUCUCUCCUGUUGUGUUUCUGACCCUUUUUUUGUUUCACCUGAUCCCAUGUAGGGAGGCUGCUUUGCUCUCCUGCAAGGCAGGCCCUCGAUUUUGUGAAAUAAAAGCAAGAAAAACAAACAAUAA